AUGUGGCGUCAACCUGCUUAUGAAUUCUGCAUCAUGUGCGUACAUGCGGUGCUUCAAACAAAUCCAUGUAGCAGUAUUGUUCCUCUGUCUGCUGAAUUACACUCCGAACAUACUUUAUGUCGGGGAGUUACUCGUUAUCACCCACUUAGUAUGGAUUGGCCAGGCCACAACGGUGUUUCCAUUUUCAGUCUUUAAUCACUUUGAAACAAAAGUUGCACUCCAGGGAGGAACAACAACAAGACUUGAAACAAAACACUGGACAUUAUUAUUUAUGGGACUGGCGCCAAUUACCAUCAUUAGCUGGCCAGCUCUAGUUGGGGAAGAAGGAGAGAGAGAGAGAGGUGUUUUUUUUCCUCCGGGCUUAUGAUGAUGGCAAUCAAGUGACCAGACGGAAGUGUGUCUGGAAAUAACAUGGUGAUGGUACCGGUGCCAUUGAUCAGUGAUUUGUUUGUGUUGGGUGUUGUUUGCUCGCUAGCUGUGGCUGAUGAGUGUGUGUAGUCGCUGAAGCAUGUGCCGACAACAUGGGCAGUGCAGGUUCCUGUUGCGACACCGGGUUCCCUUCCGAGGCUGUCCAGGCCCAGGAGAGCAAGCAGCGGAAGCGGCGUAUUAUGAAGAUAGCCGUCUACAUUCUGUUUGGAAUCCUGGCAGUCGGCGUCUUCUCCAUCUGGCUCUUUUACAAGGCUUCCGUGGAGUCCAUCACCCUGGACGGCACGUUCCUCUUCACCGUCAAGGUGCGCACCCUGGAGCUGGAGAACGCAGAGGAGGACACGGUUCUGUACGGGGACAUGGGCAUGCACCUGAAGGCCACACCGUACGACAUGUGUCUCAACUAUGAGGAGAAGCAGUACAUCGAGGACUGCCUCAUCUGGAACAAGAUGGCCACGCUCGAGUUCAGCCGAGAUAGCAACGACUCGAUUCCGUGCUACACCCUCCAGUGGAAGGGCUUGUCAGAUGACUUCAAGGCAGAGGACUGCUUCUACCUGCUUGGACUAAAGUGGUUCGGUUAUGCUGCAGACCGUCACAAGUUCUGGCCCGUCAGUGACCUGAAGAUCAAGAACAUCACGUUCUUUCCUAAGUACCCGACGGAACAGAAGACCAAUCGGGUGCCCUUUUGGUUGUCCUCCAAUGCCGUGAGCAUCUUUCUGGACAGCAAUGUUCCUUUCAUGGUAACGUGGAAUGUCACUGACAAGGAACAGUUCUGUCUGGCUUCGGAAUUCUCCAAUGAAGACGUCGGGCUGGGAGGGGUGUUGCUGAAGUACACCAUCUGCCGGGGAGACAGCAUGAAGGACGUGAUCUACAAGUCCCACCAACACAUGCAGAAGUCUCUGCGACAAGACUCCAGUUCAGACUUCCACCCACCAGACAGCAACACGCCCAAUGUGAAAAUCAUUCCCGAACCCAUUUGGGCCUUAUCUAGUGUUGACGAUAUCUCUAAAUUCCGUGACCAGUUGUCCUCAUCGGAAGUGAAAUGCAGCUUCCUGGAGGUUUUCGGUGACUGGGAGGAUGAGUUUGGGGACCUGCAAUUUGGUCAGGACAAGCUGAUACGAAUGAAACGACUUCUGGACGAUCUAGCCUACACAGACUGCAAGUUGAUGCUCCCGAUCUCCACGUUUUUCACCUACCGAUCCAAACACUUCUACCACGGUAUGGACAAUAACUACUUCCUCCAGGACUCCAUGGGACUUGUGACAAAACUGAUCAGCUGGCGAGGAAAGGAAGGUGCGAUCCUGGACGUCUCUAACCCCGAUGCUAGACGGUGGUUCAGAAGCCAUCUGGAGCGACUGAAAGCCGAGUACGACAUCAAAGCCUUCAAACUGCUGCACACGGUGAUCCCGCGAAUCAUCUCCUACUACGACCCAAACGUCACGUUCCUCAACUAUCCCCUUCUGUUCUCGGACAUGAUAACGUCUCUGAACACCACCAUCGUCGAGGACUACAUCGCCGGUUUCACGACGGACACCGUGUACGCCAUCGUCCACGCUCAGCUCUCUGAGGUGGACGGUGGCGCGAAGUGCUUCAACUCUGUGAUACCGCUCACCCUGCACCUGGGAAUCGGUGGGUAUCCGCUAGUGGUGUUCGACGGUUUGGCAGACGUCGCUCACAAUGAGGAGCUCCUGGCGAAGUGGCUGCAGCUGGCCAUGGUGUUCCCCAGCUUCAGAGUGCCCACGCUGCCCAUUUUCAACGACACCACGCUGAUGCUCCUGAACGACCUGCUGCAGAUCAGAAAGAACGUCAUCGUGCCGGAACUCCAGAGGGCCGUUUCGCACGUCAAAGGUCAUGCCAUAAUCAAACCUCUGUGGUGGAUGGACGAGAACGAUGCCGUUGCCAUGACGAUCGACGACGAAUUCCUGAUUGGAGACCGGGUCCUUGUGGCCCCGAUCCUGUGCGAGGGACAGCAGUCGAGGAGAGUGUACCUGCCGCGGGGAAAGUGGCAGGGUAUCGACGGUGUCGUCACCAAUGGACGUCACUGGGUUAAUGUUCAGUUGAGUGUACGGAACAGGGUGCCAUAUUUCAUUCAGGUGUAAAUUAACUGCCGAUUUUACUUAAGACCUCGGACACAUGCAUGUAUAUGUAUGUUAAUUAACAUUUGUGUUCGUUUCCUUUUGUGUGCAAUACGUGGGAUGUUUUACACCCAAAGAUGUGUUCAGUAUUAAAUUGAUGCCAGGUGGAAAUUGGCAGACUGGCAAAACUGGGAUAAAAUUGUAAUAUAAUCCUUGAAUCAUGUCAGUGGAAGGUGGAUAUUUUAGCAGCCUUUUAUCUGGGUUUUUUUUUUUUAUCUCAGAUUCCAUUUUUGGUGAAUUAAUAGAAGUUUAAAAAUGUUUUAAAACUCCCCCAAAACAACCCAAAAACAUCCAUGUACAUUUAUUGUAUAUUUUGAAUCUCACAAAAUUAAUUCUGCACAAUCAUGUCACAUUUGAACACAUACUAUCUUAUUUUGUGUGAUUUAGGAGUUACCGUCUACCUUUCACCAAUUUAGCAAUGUGUUUAUUGCAUAUUUAACUCUUAAAUAGGUUAAAAUUAUUAUUUACUGAUGUAAAUUCCCAGCUUGGGCUGCCUUGUGCAGGUUGAGGUUUGUGACACCAGUUUUGAGAGUGGCAGUCAUCAUAGAUAAAGCACCUAACUGCAUCAUGGGAACAGUGAUGACCAUGUUAGAGCAUCCUUUGAACACCGUCUUGUGCAGAUAACAACUUGAAUAUGCUUAAGCAGUGGCAUUCAAAUCACAACUGGCAAAUGAAUUUAGGAAAUAAUGAAACCAAUGUUUUAUGAUGUGUAUAUAGAUGAAGCACCUAACUGCAUCAUGGGAACAGUCAUACCUUUGUCAAAGCAUCCUUUGAACACCGUCGUGUACAGAUAACAACUUGAAUAUGCUUAAGUAAAUGAAUUUAGGAGAUAAUACAACCCACUGUUUAUGAUUUGUAUAUACAGGUACAUGUACAUGUUUGUGGGUGAAUUGUUAUAUAAUAUUGUUGACAUUUGUAAAUUAUGUUGUACAAUGUAUCGUGCAGCAUUCACUGGCAAUCUUUAUUGUAAAUAUAUUUUAUAUUGUAUACAGUAGGUCAGGUAAGAAGAAGGUGUCAGUAUGCAAAAGUUUCUUUUCUUUCAACCAAUCAAAACAGUGCUGGCAUCAAGUUGUCAGUAGAUUAAAUGUUCGCAAUCAAAUGUUACCUGGAUACCAAAUGGCCUCAGAUUACAGUUAUCUUCCCAUUUGAUUGUCCAAAAUCCGGAAAUUUGUCUGCGCAAGUAGUCUGCUGUUUAACUGUGAUUAUUUCAUGGCAGACAGCUAUGAAGUGGCAACUAUU